AUGGCCAUUUUAAAUGGUGAAAAGCCCUAUGAAACAGCCAGCUCGCAAAAAUUCCCAGAUAAGAUGCUGCAAGUGGAAGCAGCCAAGAAGUUCAUCGCCGCCACCAGUAUGGACGCACCAAAAGCCUGGAUGAAGGCUCUAACUGACUUCAACUCCCGCAACUACAAGAGCAAAAAUGCAGCUGAAGCUGCGGCGUACAUCCUGGACGCUGCAAAGAAGGCUGCUGCGCCUAACAAUAAGAUCACACCACCUGCUAUUGUGACGCUCCCAGGAGAAAAGCCAGAUGUCGUUAUUCUAGGAGCCCAUUUCGACUCUGCUGCUGGCCAACCGGAUAGCCGAGCUCCAGGAGCGGACGAUAAUGCAUCUGGCCGCACGAUCGUCUUGGAGGCUCUGCGUGUUAUCACGAAGGAAGGUUUUAAGCCAAAGAAUACCAUUGAAUUCCAUUUCUAUGCUGCCGAGGAAGCAGGAUUGCUGGGUGCUAAGGAUACCUACGGCAAGUACAAGGCCGACAAGAAGUCUGUCAUUGGCUUCCUUAACAAAGACAUGACCGGUUGGCAACCUAGCAAGACUCCCGGACUCAUCACGGACCACGCAAGCUCGGCUAUGGUUGAUUAUAUGGACAAGCUAAUCAAGGAAUACACUGGCAAGGCUCCAACCCGGACCAAGUGUGGCUAUGGAUGCUCGGACCACGCUCCUGCUACAGCUAAUGGAUUUCCCGCCGUCUUUGUCUUUGAGGACGAAUUUGACAAGAGAAGCCCAAACAUCCACAGCGCUAAAGAUACGAUGGAUAAGAUCCAAUGGGACGCAAUGGAGAGACAUAUGAAGCUCUCAAUGGGCUGGCUUGUGGAAGCAUCAUACAUUGAGAAGUCGUAG